AUGUUUCAAUCAUUCACCGGCAGCUCUCGUCGCCCACGGCAGGUGAACCUCAGCGGCCGUGCCACUAAUCCCUUUGCUGCAUUCCCCGGAAACUCCCCUACUCGAUCUGCCCCUCAUGCCGCAAAACCCGAGACUGCAGUUGCCAUUGCCCAGCGAGAACGACUUUCAAGGCAGCAUGACAGAGACCGACAGUCGGCAUCGCGCGUUAUCCAGCGAUUCUGGCGGGGACACCAGAGCAGAACAACAACAUACAACCAGUGGAGGUCAGAAUGGGAUACAUUUGAAUGGAAGAGAGCAGAGAAUGCCUUGAGCUCUGUUGAGAGUAAGGAUCGAGCUCCAACGACAAAUGUUGAGCGUCUGCAGUAUCUCUUGCGUUGCUCUGCACCCCCAUACGCCAAUGCAGAACAAUGUCUGGACCAACUUCGACUUUUCGUUCAGUUUGCUGGGUCACCGAGGAGCUCGGAAGACAUAUUACGUCUGCUAUACUUCUGUAAUGUCUUUGAGAAAACCUUUCAUGUCCUGCCUACGAUCGCGACAGAGGGUGAAUGGACCCAGCUCUUGAGACGGUUGGCAGUGGCGGUCUUGAAGUCUCUCCACUCGGCAACAAAUAAUCCGACUCAUGGAGAAGCAGUUCUACCUCUAUUGCGGAUGGUAGUCUUUUUGGUGGACCUGAUUCCAAAGAAGAUGGCAAUGAUUGCCAACACCUACUACCAUGUCAUGGCAAAUCUUACAAAGAGCCUUGUGUCUCUGGGUGACAACCUGGCACCAGAGCAAGUUGUGAAUGCCGCCAUUGCCCUUUUACGGCCAAUCACGUCGGAAACGAUGGCAGCUUAUGAAGCAUUUGCGAUCUCAUAUCUGACCGUUCCGGACUUAGCCGCCUACCUUGGCGGACUGGAUGGAUUGGCGCACCAGAUCAACUACAAGGUACUUGCUUCAGCCGUUGGUGCAUACAUGCACCCGGCGAAAGCCAACCUCGGUGUUCUACAAGAUGUCAAGGCUCGGAGUUGGCUUCUUGCAUACCUGAUUUACUUCCACCGAUAUGCUCUUGGUGGACAAGCUAAUAUUGGCGUUCCUGAUCUUGGGUUCUUGAGUGUAGUAUCCGAGUUGUUGAGCUCAAGCACUCCCUAUCUCAUAAGAUGCUUGGAGAUGGAUGAAUCUAACGAAUCCGAUUCAUCACGCAGUCCUUCUUUGCACCCAUUUGUCAAGGACCAAGUCACCAGCCUUGUCAAUCAAAGUAGCAUCACAGGACUACUUUCACCGACUAGACCGUCCCAUUUGACCGAGACAGAUGCUUCAGGAAGCAAAUCUGAAUCGUCAAAGGAAGCCAAGAUUCUCGCCAUGUAUGCCUUGAACCUGUUGAGAGUGUUCCCCCGACGCGGAGAUGAUAUCCGAAUGUGGUUGUAUUUGGGUUCGGCACCUCCGGGUGAUCAGCUGCCCAGCCAACCAGGCGCGAAGAUCCCAGCCAUCAAGUACUUUUGGCAGGGGGCAAGAUCCAGUCGUGUCUUUGAAAUGAUUACAAACGAACCGACAAAAGUGCUUUCGCUAUUAGACAAUCCGAAACCGGGUUCAGACAUCGGAAUUUCACAAGAGGAUCGUGACCAGGAGUGGACAAUCAUCCUCCUCUUUUUUGAGCUCUACACUUUCCUCUUGAAAGUCAUGGAUGAUGAAGAGUUCUUCUCGAGUGCCUCUCCGUUCUUAGUUUCCUCUAACACCAAUUCUUCAUGGACAAAGGAAAGCGCUUUGCCACUUGAAGAUGUUAAAGAGAUGACAAUCUUCCUUAAGAAUCUCGCCUUCACCCUGUAUUGGAAUUUUGCCGCUUUGAGUGACAAAGGGCCUGUUCCAUCCUCUACCGGUGACCUUAGGAGCUAUUUUAACACCGCGAGCCAAGUUCCGGAGCAAACAGAGCGGUUCAAUGAAGCCCAAGCCAAAGACCAACCCAAUGAUCUUCCGGGCGUCACAGGCAUUACUUUGGACUACUUUCAAGGGCUAAUCACAGGACUGCUCAGAAUGCUUCAUGAGCGAGACUCACGGAGGAAAUUCCUUCCCAAAGAUCAUUGGCUUAUGACUGAUCGGUUUGACAUGGAAGGGUUCAUUCCAGCCGUUGUAGGAGAAGAAGAGAAACGCCAUCAAUUCCAGGAUGGCGAAGAUGAUGAAUCUGAUCUAUUAGAUGAUGAUACUACAGAGUCUGUCGGCAUUUCCGGCCCUAACCAUGCUCUACGAACCAUCCGCUUCGAAAAUCUACGACGUCGUCAACGGCAAGCUGCUCGAGGCAAGGCCCUCGCUGCCAUUGCGCCCAGAUUGGAAAUUCUCCGAAAUAUGCCCUUCUUCAUCCCGUUUGCUACCAGAGUCCAAAUUUUCCGCCAGUUCAUCCUCAGGGAUCAACAGCGUCGACGCAAUGGAUUUUCUGAUCCUGAGACAUGGCGUCUCUCCGUAGCCCAGCAAUCCAUGAUGAACGGUCGAUUUAAUGCUACAGAUAUUCUAGCCCGGCAUCACGCCGACAUCAGUCGUGAGAGUGUAUUUGAAGAUGCAUUCUCUCAAUUCUACGGGCUAGGCGAUGGUCUCAAAGAACCGAUCCAAAUUAGUUUUAUUGAUCAAUUUGGAUCCAAGGAGGCUGGUAUCGAUGGAGGUGGUGUGACCAAAGAGUUCCUAACGAGUGUCACAAGCGAGGCUUUUAAGACUGAUGGUGACGAGAGCAUGUUUGCGGAAAAUGACCAGCAUCUGCUGUACCCAAAUCCAUCGUCGGUCGAUCAAUUCAAAGAAGUCCUCCGUGAUGCCGGUCUUGCGAAGACCAGCGUUGAGUGGCAGGAUGAAGUUCGUGGUCUCCUGCGACGCUACGAGUUCCUAGGACGGAUUAUUGGAAAGUGUCUCUACGAAGGAAUCCUGGUGGAUGUCAACUUUGCCCCCUUCUUCUUGUUGAAGUGGGCACUUACAGGCGGUACUGGGUCAGCCGUGAAAGAAUCUUCUUACCGAGCCAACCUGAAUGAUUUGAAGGACCUGGACGAGGGUUUGUAUCAGGGGCUGCUGCAACUCAAAAAUUACCCUGGGGAUGUUGAAGACUUUGCUCUCGACUUCACAGUCAACAACACCAUUCCAAUGCCGAACGGCACAAACCGCACCACUACAACCGAACUGAAACCCCAAGGCUCACAAAUUGUCGUAACCAACAAGAACAGACUUGUCUACAUUUCAUACAUGGCUCGUUAUCGCCUGCAGGUGCAACCUGCGAUGCAGACCAAUGCUUUCUUGCAAGGUCUUGGCCAGAUGAUUCAACCGGCCUGGUUGUCCAUGUUCAACCAGUCCGAGUUGCAAACGCUAGUGAGCGGAGACAACGCCGACAUUGACGUGGAUGAUCUCCGCCGAAACACCACGUACGGCGGCGUAUAUCAGAUUGGCGAUGACAACCUAGAGCACCCGACUAUUCAACUAUUCUGGCAGGUGCUACGCGAAAUGACCAAUGCGGAGCGACAACAAGUCAUCCGGUUUGUCACAUCUACCCCCCGAGCACCACUGCUGGGCUUCGGUCACCUCAAUCCUCUCUUCAAUAUCCGAGACUCAAGUGAAGAUGAAAUGAGAUUACCGAGUACCAGCACUUGCGUUAAUCUGCUCAAGUUGCCGCGGUACUCGGAUGCUCAGACGCUGAGGACGAAGUUGCUGUAUGCUGUGACCUCAGGAGCAGGAUUUGAUUUAAGUUGA